GAUGCAGCUCUUCUAGUAUCUGUACCUCUUAAUCCUAUUUGCUCAGCAUGCAAACCUGUAAAGUACAGAGUAAUUCGAAAUCCACUUUUUCCAAAAAGAUCAACAUUUGACAAGAACCCAAAAGGAGCGCUUUUUUACAGACAUGGAAGUGACCCCAGGCCAGAAAUACCAAUACCAGGUGCAGGCUGUUACUGGGUCAGUGGCUGGAGAACCGUCACCAGUGCUGUGUCACACGCAUGGUGCUCCUUUCUGUGGGGAUGGAGAAGUUAAUGAGGAGUCAGGAGAGGAGUGUGAUGAUGGUGCGCUGCAAAAUGGAGAUGGCUGUUCUCAAAAGUGCCAACUGGAGCCAAAUUAUAAGUGCACA